GAUUACAGUAAAUAGAUGACGUCGCAGUUACGUCAUGGCUUUAUGUUUUUAUCUGAAUGGAUUAGCAAAAUAAUUUAACAUAUAAUAAUAUAUCAUCAAUAGCAUAUUGUGAAAAUAUUUAUAAUAAGAAAGAGGAAAUCCAUAUUUGUUGUUAUUUUAAUUGUUGGUCAAUGUCUAUGAAGUAUAGUAAUGUCAUUAUUGAUCACAGCAGCAUUAAGUCUUUAUAUGUCCUUGUUAAUUGUUGCACAGGUGCAAAGAUGAACCACUGUGGUCUGCUAACUGCCAAGAAGGAACCAGUUCCUCUGAAGAGCAUUGAAGUGGAGCUGGAGGUGAGGGACCAUGUGGCUACAGUGGUCUCCACUCUGCUCUACGAGAACAAGGAGGACAAACCACUGGAGGCUGUUUUUGUCUUCCCUCUGCCUGGAGAUGCUGCUGUCUGUCAUUUCAGUGCUAAGAUUGGACAAACACAGAUUGUAGCUGAGGUGAAGGAGAAACAGGAGGCUCAUGAGGAGUAUGAUGAUGCAUUGAGCUCCGGUCAGCAGGCCUUCCUAUUGGAAGAGAGUGAUCAGAGCCCAGAUAUAUUCUCUCUGAGUGUGGGCAGUCUGCCUCCAGGAGAGAGCGCCUCCAUCAGGCUGGAGUACGUCACUGAGCUGGCUGUGCAGGCUGAUGACGGGCUGAGGUUUUGUCUGCCUGCUGUGCUCAACCCUCGCUACCAACCUAAGGGUAGUGAAGGUGGCAGCGUCCAGGUGACAUCUGUUCCAGCCUCUCUGGUGCCCUACAGUCUGUCUUUCUCUGCCCGGGUGUUUUCUCCUCGUCCAAUCUCUAAAGUGGAGUCCAACUGCUCCCUGGACCCUCUCCAGUACCUCAACACAGAGCAAACUCAGGCCACGGUCAAGUUGGCUGCAGGACACAAGUUCGACAGGGAUGUUGAACUGUUGAUUUAUUACAAAGACGCCCACCAGCCCACUGCUGUGGUGGAGGCAGGACAGGCCUCUGCCAAGCCUGGCACUCUGAUGGGUGAUCCAGUGGUGAUGCUGAGCCUGUACCCUGAGUUCCCCCAGGCUGUGAUGUCUUCAGUCGUGUCAUGUGGAGAGUUUGUGUUCUUGAUCGAUCGAUCUGGAAGUAUGGAUUGUUGUAUGGAUAACAGCAACCAGCAAGAGACUCGCAUUGGCAGUGCCAGGGAUACUCUACUGCUCCUGCUGAAAAGUUUACCAAUGGGCUGCUACUUCAACAUCUACAGUUUCGGGUCCAGUUAUCAACACAUCUUCCCUAAGAGUGUGGAGUACAGUGAGAAGACUAUAGAAGAGGCUCUGAAGAAAGUUGAGGAGAUGGACGCUGAUCUGGGAGGAACAGAGAUCCUGGAGCCCCUCAAACAUAUUUACAGCCAGCCCUGCAUUCCCAGUCAACCAAGACAACUGUUUGUCUUUACUGACGGCGAGGUGGAGAACACCAAAGAAGUUAUAAAUCUGGUGAGGGACAACUCAGGCUCCCACAGGUGUUUCUCUUUUGGGAUCGGGGAAGGAGCCAGCUCUGCUCUUAUCAAUGGGUUGGCCAAGGAAGGAGGAGGUCACGCUCAGUUCAUCACAGGAACUGACAGGAUGCAACCAAAAGUGAUGCAGUCGCUGCGAUUUGCUCUGCAGCCAGCAGUGGUGGACAUCUCAGUCACAUGGGAUUUACCAAAGGCAGUGUCUGUCACUAUCCUCUCUCCACCCAUCACAACAAUUUUCCAGGGUCAAAGGUCGCUGAUUUAUGUCCAGCUCACUGGACAGAGUCCAGAGACAGCAGAGGGCUGUGUGACGGUGAAGUACAGCCUGACAGGUCAUCCAUCCCAGAACCAGCUCCGCUUCAGUCUCAAACCUGCAAAGGACACUGGACUAACAGUCCACAGGUUGGGUGCUCGGACUCUGAUUCGCUCCCUUGAGAUGGAUAUUGAGAAUGAAGUAGAGCAAGAUGAAGGAGUGAAGCAGAAGGUGGUGGAGCUCAGUGUCCAAUCAGGAGUGAGCAGCUCCUUCACCGCCUUCAUUGCUGUCAAUAAAGACGACAGUGAGGCGAUUCAAGGGCCUCUGUUGCGAAGAAAUGUUCCAGCACCCAGGAUGAUGUUUGCCUCCUACUGUAUGAUGUCAUGUACUUCUUCAGACAUUUAUUUUGAUGAUGGUGGUUGUGAAGCAGAGGGAUAUUGUCUGGAUGAGUGCUGUGACGAAGGUGACGAAGGUGAUGAAAGUGACAAAAACUACAUUGAUGAUGAGGUUGAAGUCGCCAUGCCCAAGCAGCCUCGCAGAGACCCUUUGCUGCAGUUGGUGUCCCUCCAGAAGGCGUCUGGUUGCUGGUUGCUUGAACCAGCUCUGGCUGCUGCACUGGGAAAGACCAGCGAGGAGGUGGAAAACCCCAAACCUUCAGCGGUGAACAAGGAAGUGUGGGCCACCAUUCUGGCUCUGAUCUGGCUUCAUGGUUUCAAGUCAGAUGUUCAGGAUGAAUGGGAGCUUCUGGCUAUGAAGGCUGCGUCAUGGCUCUGUGCUCAGAAAGCACCAUGUGUGACAGAGUGUGUGGAAGCUGGAAAUGCACUGCUGGGUUGCAAGGUGCAGAAAGAUUCACUGGGGAUUUGAGGUUUUUGUUAAACUGGCUUUUCCUUCCAGACUGGUACAUAGGAGCAGAUUUACUCCAUCCUGCAUUUACUUCAUCAACAUUGAAUGUUACUACUUUGCACUUUCUACCUGUAUGAUAUCUUGUGCCUUAGUAUAUUUGCACUGUGCUUCAUCCAUCCAGGAUCAGCCAUGUAACAAGACAUUAGUGUUUUUCUGUCUCAGUGCUUUAAUGUUGCUUUGUAUUAUUACUAAAACAAAC